GACAUGCGCAGUAGAGCGUAAUUCCGAACUGAAAUUGAUUUUUUCAGGGACCAAGUCUUGAGAGGAUUUCCUAAUCUUGUUGUUUUUUAAGAUUGAUUUUUCGCUGGACUCAUAAUAUGCUGCUUUAGAGACAUAGUGUUACUUCUGCCGACUUGGGUUUUAGUAACAAUUAUAGUAUGCAGACACUCACAGAUUUUCCAACUUGAAGUGAAAUUGUUGUAAUUGACUAUAAUCAGAGGAUCUGUAUAUUAACAUCUAUUUCCGAGCAUGACUACAAGGAAGAAAAUUGAUGCUCCUUUUUAUGUUAAACCACAAGAUAAAAAGACCAGUUCGGAAAUAAUAAAUGAAGCUAGGCAGUCUGUGCGCGAGGUAAAAACAAAACGUCCAUUUACACCAAGAGAUAGUAAAAGAACUUUAUUUGGUGGCUCUACAAGAACACCUGAUAGACCUCCAUCUGCCUUCAGUCUUGGUGCUCGUCAUUUUGAUGGAUGUGAUUCACGACCCGUUUCUGCUACACGGUUAGCUCCUUUAGAACAUAAACCUCCUCUUCCAGUUAGUUCUUCUAGUCCUCCAACCACCACUACCAAUGAUAUUUCACCAAAGAUUCCCAAACCACCACCAAAUGAUGCACAUAGAACAGGUAGUGGUAAAAGAUUCCGAGCCAAGUUACCGUCCAUUGGUGCUGAUGGAGAAGGUAUUUUACCCUCUAUGCCUGGCCGUAGAGGUUCAUUUCCAUCCAAGGCACCAGAGUCACCUCCAGAAGAGUUUCCAAGGAGGGUACAUAGUGGUCCCAAAGAAAGAACAAAGAAUUUCUUUGAUGAGAAAUUGGAUGAUGAAAUGAUUAGAUCUAGUUCAGCUGGUACAAUAAGAACAACCAGAUGUGAUGACAAAAUUUGUAAAUUGGAUGUUGGAAAAAGAGAUGAUGAAAGCCAAGAAGAUGCACUCUAUUGGAAUACUAAAGUUUUACCCAUUAUUGAAACUAUGGAAAGUAAAACAAAAUCUGCCAGUGUUGAGGAGAUUGCCAAGCUGUGUAAUUCAUGUGAUUUACUGUACAGUACAUUAGAAUCUGCUAAUAUGUUAGGAAGAACCUCCAAAAGGAGAUCAUCUGUAUUGAAGCCUAUCUAUAGACUAUUAGAUAUAGAUAAUCCCAAAUUAAUGUUAAAAUUAGCAAGACUCAUACUAGCUUUCAAAGUUACUGGUAAUAAUUUAACAAAUGUUUGCAAAUUGGUAUUCAAAGUUAGUAGAGAGGAGACAAAUGAUACAUUAUUUAUGCAACAUAAUAUCUUAGAUUUGGUAUUGGAGAUUAUUCAUAACACAGAUCCUCAAACAGCAUGUGAAGCCUUAGUAUAUUGUGUAGGUGCAUUGAAAUUUUUAACUGGUAAUACAUCAUUAUUGAAAGAACUAUCAGAAUGUGGAUGUGUAGAAGCUCUCGCAAAGUUAUUAAUAUCUAUUAACACUGCAAAAUGUGAAGGAGAGAAAUCCAGUAAUCAGAAAUCUAAUCUGUUACUGCAAGUAACUGCAACAUUUCGUAAUUUAGCUGACCUAGGUGCUAAUAGACACAGGUUUAUUACAAGUUUUGUUAUACAAGAACUGUGUAAAGUCAUGGAGUGUUAUCCAAGUGAUAGUGAUUUAAUGCUUAAUGUUUCAAGGAUACUAAGUAAGUUAACACUAAACAAUGAUUGUUGUAGCACGUUGUCAAGAUACCCAACCUGCUUCAAAUCAUUUCUCAAGUUAUUACAUCUACAUCAGCGCAAGAGUGAUCUUGUUGUCAGGGUAUGUUUUGUACUUGGUAAUCUCACGUCUAAAAAUGAUGAAGCUCGAACAAGUCUAUAUAACACAGAAAACAGUAUGAAAAUACUUCUGGGAGUUUUUAAAACUUACUUUAAGUUAGAUGUUAAGGAACUGCAAGAGAAAUUAUCUCCGUCCAAGAAAGACCAAAACAAAUCUUCAAAUAAAGUGGAAGAUGUAUUGAUUAAACUGGUUCGUGUCAUAGCUAAUUUAUCAAUUAACCAAGACAUAGGCCCAGUGAUAUCAUCUGAUGUUCAGUGUGUUGAUCUACUUUUACAAAUAUUAGAAUAUAAAGAUGUGUUACAGUGUGAAGAGUUGGUAUUGAAUACAGUAGCAACGAUCAAUAAUUUAUCAUACUAUGGUAAAAAGACAACUACAAUCUCAGAAAGACAGAUAGAGAUAUCAGAAUUGUUGGUAAAAAUAUUGAUGACAGAUAACAUGGAUGGAAUGAUAGAAGCAUCAAGAGUGUUUGGAAAUCUAUCGCGUAAUCUACCAGUCAGAGAAUUUAUCUCAGAGAAGAAAGUUGAUGAAAUGAUGGUUACAUUGCUGGAUGCCGGUAAUCGUGAAGUUGUCUACAUUGCAUGCGGUGUGCUUAUUAACUUGAUGAUUGAUGAAAAAAGAAGACCAAAACUUAAAGAUGAACGAGGAAUUAAAAAAUUAAUUGAUGUACUUCGUGAUUUUGGUCGCAAUGAUUGGCAGUUAGCUGGUAUGGUGUGCAUGACAUUGUGGAACUAUAGCGAAAAGAUUACAACAUCGUCUUUAGCAUUUGGUGAACAGGAAACAAAUCAACUGAUAGAACUGUUAGAAGAAUAUCUCGAUGAAGAAACUGCAAUUGAUGUUCCUAGUAAUGCUGAUCUUGAUGAAGAAACAAAAGAUUUCUUGAAAUCCGUGUGGGAAAGGGAUUUCUGUCCAGUGGCACAUCAGUUAUUGAAUAGAGUUGAAAAACAUCACACCGAUCUUGUGCCUCUUGAGCAACCUGAUGAUGAACGAUAUGUAAAUGAAAGACAAAAAUAG